AUGCAUUUGGUUAUGUGUUUUACUAGACCUGUGCUUUCUUACAAUGAUGAUGUUUUAACCGCUGAUAAAGGGGAAUGUUCCAUUUGUUUGGAGGAUAUGUCUGAAGGAGAUAAUAUUGCUCGAUUGCCUUGUCUAUGUAUUUAUCACAAAAUGUGAGAGGUUUUUUUGAUUGCAUAGUUUUGAGGAUAUCUAAGAUUUUCUAGAGGGUAUUUUCUAAGAAGGCCCUUCCGAAAAUUUUAGGUUCUUAACAAUUUUAAACUCGAUUCUUCUUCAUAGGUGGACUCCCUUCUUUAAUUUUGUUGGCCUAUGGGUGGGUAUAGCUGCUUAAAUGGGAGGGAGACACAGGCCCGUAGCCAGUGGGACAAAUCGGGAUGGACAGAGAACUUUUUGCUGGUUUUACGUUGGUUCUAUAGU